GCAUCUACGCGAACUCUGCGAGCCUUAUAUAUAUAUAUUGCAGAUUUGUAAUAACAGCUAGCUACGCAUAACAAACACUAACACGAUGCAGAGUCUGCAACAGAAAGCGGCGGAAUGGAGCGGAGUGGCAACGGACGACGCUUUCGCCAUCGACGAAACCAAUCUGUUUCAGAAACUUGGCCUUCAAACAUUCAUUAGCCUCUCCACCAAUUUCUACACCAGGGUAUGUGAUGAUGAGGAAGAAUGGUUUCGUUCAAUCUUCGCUAAUUCUAAGAAGGAAGCCGCUAUUCAAAACCAAUACGAAUUUUUCAUCCAAAGAAUGGGAGGCCCUGCUCUCUAUUCUCAGAGAAGAGGGCAUCCUGCUCUAAUUGGUCGACAUCGACCGUUUCCAGUCACGCACCAAGCUGCAGAGAGGUGGUUGCAUCACAUGCAACAAGCGUUGGACACAACUGCAGAAAUAGAUGAUGACUCAAAGAUAAAAAUGAUGAACUUUUUCAGGUUUAUUUUCUGUCACACAGUGCAACUUCAUAUAUAUAGAUGCUUGUUCAGAUCCUAUUUUGCUUUCCUUGUUAUUUUUUUUAGGCACACUGCAUAUUUUCUGGUUGCUGGAGAUGAACUGAAGAAUCAAAACCAGCAAGUGCCAUGCAAGCAUGCAGCAGGAAGAUAACAAUAACAUUCACCAUAAUCUUAUUUUCAUUGCAUAUUUGGAGAUCAGCUAAGGAAUCAAAUCAUACCAAUACCAAUGGCCAUGCAAGCAUGAACCUGGAUCAGAAGGUAGAGCAUCCAUGUGUAAAGAUUUAACAUUUUUAUCAGAAUAGGAUAUUCAAAAGAAUGAAAUGGUCAUUCUCUUUGGAAUAUUAAAAAUGCUCUUAAUAUUAUGUAUAUUUUUAAGCACCAUUUAUAAAUGUUAUCCAUGAAUAAGGCA